GGCCAGUAUCGUCUUCUUUCUCGGCUGGCUGUUGGUCUGGCUUUUAGUCUUCCGCCGGACCGGAGAUGGAGCGCACGGAACGCGUCUGAGCUUUAACUAAAUAUUGUGAUAUCCAAAGUGAAAAAAAACUAACUAAAUAAGCUAAUCAUUCCCACUAAGCUCUCGAAUCGGUUGCAUAAUAAUUUCAAGUGCAACGUGCAAACAAUUAAACAAACCGACUACACAAAAAGUGCAUAAAAAAAGGCAAAUAUUAAAAGAAAAAAACAAAAAAAAAAAACGUGUGCUGGUCCAUGCAACUGCAUAUUUUAAAACAUAAUUGGCCAGUUGAGUGAACAAAGAGCUAGUGGAUUGCAAAAAAAAAAUGUGGCAGGGAAUCGUGUGUAGCUUGACUUUAUGUCUCAUCGGCCUGGCGGAUCUUGGCCUCGCCAACAACCUGGCCGGCUACGAAGGUUACACCAAAUACACAGUCCAGCAUGGCGGGGAAGAUGCCUUCCGCUACAUGGUGGAUCUGCAGACUAAUGACGCUGAUCUGGACUUCUGGCUCCUGACCAGGAACUCCUCAGUCCUGACAGUCAGUCCUCGCAAGAAGAACCAGUUCGAGGCGCGUCUGUCCAGCCUGGGAGUUAGUUUCCAAAUGCAGCCCCUUAUGGAACUGAUGGCUGCCCUAAAGGCGAACAGUUCCUAUGCUGAGGAGGACUAUGAUGGAGAGUACGAAGAGUGCCAGCAGGACGAUUGCGGGGAUUCCCAGCGUCCUCGACGGCGAUCUCGCCGCCAGGCUAGAGGCUUCUUCUCCCACUACCCACGAUACAAUGAGAUCCUGAGCUUUAUGAGUGGACUGGCCGCCAGAUAUCCUCAAUACUGCCGCUACGAGUCCCUGGGUCGCUCCAACGAGGGUCGUCACAUAGCAGCCCUGUCCAUUUCCCUGAACAGCCGGGUGCGUCACCGACGAGUGGCCUACAUCCAGGCAGCCACCCACGGCAGAGAGUGGAUCACCACCCAGACUGUUCUCUACUUGGCCUACGAACUACUCAGCAACCUGCGCGCCUUCCAGCGAGUCCUCCAGGAUGUGGAGGUCUUCCUGGUGCCGCUCGUCAAUCCCGAUGGCUAUGAAUACACACAUACCUCAGAUCGCUUCUGGCGCAAGAACCGUCAUCGUUAUGCUGGACAUGCCUGCUCCGGCGUGGACAUCAACAGGAACUUUGGAAACCAUUGGAACUAUCAGGGUGCUAGCCAGAACCUCUGCUCAGAGGUUUAUUCCGGAACGUCGCCCAACUCCGAACCGGAAACAUCGGCCGUAGUGCGAUAUCUGGAAUUCAAUCGGCAUCGUGUGAAACUCAGCCUGGAUGUGCACUCAUUUGGCAAAUUCAUUUUUUAUCCCUACGGCUAUGCGAAAAAUACCGUACCCCCCACUGUGGGAACACUCCGUUCUGUGGCUCUGAGGGCGGCCAACCAGAUCGCCAAGUACCGCGGCACCCACUACACCACCGGCACCUCCGCCUCCAUUUUGUACGAGGCCUCCGGCAGUUUGGACGACUAUGCCUACGGCAACCUGGGCAUCCCACUUUCCUACACGAUCGAGUUGCCCGGCGAUGAGUUCCAUGUGCCGGCCCACGAUAUCAUACACGUUUGCAAGGAGACGUUCGCCGGUUUCGUGGAGUUCAUCCGCCAUGUCAGCCUAUAUUAAACACAAACUCUCGUAUUUCCACUCUGUUUAAGGAAUUGAAUUUAUUGUUUGUUAAAAUUAAACUAAUUAGUGAACUUGUUGUUAAGCAUUAAAGACACGAAUAUUGAAACAAAA